AUGCAGAAUGACAAAUUCGAGAUUUAUCAUGCGCAAGAUGAGAAGUUUGCUGCACUGGAAGGCUUGUUGAUGGAGGAGAAAAGACCCUCCAAGUCGAAAGACAAAGGUGCCACGGACAAGAGCAAGUUGGAGAGUCGCUUCGAUUCCAAGGACUCCUCGAAGAAAAGGAUUCGUACCAUGCCAUCCCUGACGCGGGCCAGCGUUUCGCAGACCACUCCUGGUGUGGAUGAAUUUGACGAACCCUUGCCUCUCUACGUGGCGGAUCUGGCGUUGUACCACCAAAUCGCUUUGAUGCAACGCACCUUCCCCGUGCGUCUGAGUCGCUGGGGAGAGUCCAUGCAACAGGCUCAGGCACUGCCUGCGGCCUGGGGCCUGGUGCAUGUUUUUUUUUUUUUUCCCCGAAAUUGGGUGUUCAUCAUCAAGUCCAUUGUUUUCCAAUGUGUUUUUUUUUGCAUCAAGAUUAGAGAGUCGUAA